AUGUUAACUACAUUUGCUACAUCACCUUCAGUGCUCGCAUCUCAUAGUUCCUCUAGUGCUCCUAGUAUUACACCUCCAGAAUUGUUAGCCUCUCUUGAGCUAUUUCAGCCUGUGCCUUAUAUACUAGUUCUGUCUGAGCAGCAAUUACAAGUUCUUCUACCUUCUAUUGAUUCUAUUAGUUCUUUUUCUACUACUUCUGUGCAACCAAGUGUUCCUGUUGAAUCUGCUCCGGCAGGCCCUUCUCAUUCUAUGCUUACUCGGUCCAAAACUGGGGUUGUUAUGGAUGAACUUUCUAGCUAUCGUGUUGCUUCUUUUUUGGCUGAUUGGACCAAGGCCAUGGACGAAGAGAUUUCAGCAUUACAGAUGCAAGGUACCUGGGUGUUGGUACCUCCUCCUGCUAAUACAAACAUUGUUGGUUCAAAAUGGAUUUAUAAGUUAAAAAGGCACUCUGAUGGUUCCAUUUCUAGAUAUAAAGCACGCCUAGUUGCUCAGGGUUUUAGUCUAGAGGCUGGUUUUGAUUAUGAAGAGACAUUUAGCCCAAUUGUUUGUCAUGCUACAAUUCGUAUCAUUCUCAGUUUGGCAGGUUACAAUCAUUGGUCUCUUCACCAAUUGGAUGUAAAGAACACCUUCUUACAUGGGGAACUUGAGGAGGAAGUAUACAUGAAGCAACCUCAGGGGUUCGAAGAUCCUCACCAUCCUGACUAUGUUUGUAAACUUCAGAAGUCAUUGUAUGGUUUAAAACAGGCUCCAAGAGCCUGGAAUGCUAAGUUCACUGGUUUUCUUCCAUCGCUUGGGUUCAAGAUGUCUCACAGUGAUCCCAGUUUAUUCUUGAAGUAUUCAGACUCCUGCUAUUGUGGUUUUGUUACUCUAUGUCGACAAUAUUAUUCUCACUGGAUCAAAUCCACAUAUCGUUCAGGAGGAAAGUCUGGGAUGAGUUCUUGUAAACCCUGUCCUACACCUCUGAAACCUCACAUAGAGAUUUUACUCACUGAUGGUAUCCCUUUGAAGGAUCCAAAACAGUAUCGUAGCAUUGUUGGUGCUUUACAGUACCUUACCUUUACAAGGCCCGACAUUGCCCAUUUUGUUAAUAUGGUCGGUCAAUUCAUGAAUAAUCCUACCAAGCAUCAUUUCUUCUUGGUGAAACGCAUUCUGCGUUAUCUACAGGGCACACUCAGAUUAACACUUGCAUACAAUUGA